AUGACAGCCACUUCAGUGAUUACUAAAGCAAACAAAGUACGACACGCAUAUAGGAAACCUCAACCAGAUCCUUCAACAAGAAAGAUUGUAUUCAACAUCUCGCCCAAUUUCAAAGUCGAAAGCGUAUUAGGAGAAGGAGCUUAUGGAAUAGUGGCUUUGGCUGUGCAUUUGCCUACCAAGACCAAAGUGGCAAUUAAAAAAAUUGAACCGUUUGAGAGACCGCUUUUUUGUCUUCGAACACUUCGAGAAAUCAAGUUGCUUCGCAAAUUCAAUAAUCACGAGAAUAUAAUAAGGCUUUAUGAUUUACAAAAACCAAGCAGCUUUGCAACAUUUCAUGAAGUUUACCUUAUUCAGGAAUAUAUGCCUAGCGAUUUGCACAACAUUAUACAGACACACGUACUAAGUGAUCAGCACGUUCAAUUUUUUAUCUAUCAGAUUUUGAAAGGACUCAAAUUGAUACACAGUGCUAAAGUCAUCCACCGUGAUUUAAAGCCCUCGAACAUCCUCGUGAAUGAGAAUUGUGAUUUGAAAAUAUGUGACUUUGGUCUUGCAAGGGUCGACUCGGUCAAUUAUCGCACAGAUAAGAUUUCAUCGCUUACGGAAUAUGUGGCUACGAGAUGGUAUAGAGCUCCAGAAAUUAUGCUAAAUGUCUCAAACUAUACAACUGCAAUCGACUUGUGGUCUGUUGGAUGCAUUCUAUUUGAAUUAUUGAUCUACAGAGCUAUUUUCCCGGGUGCUGACUAUAUUAAUCAAUUGAAAUUGAUCUUUGAGAUUUUAGGUACACCAUCAGAAGAUGAUCUCAAAGUUAUCAAAUCCAAGAGGGCCAGAACAUUUAUCCAAUCACUUCCAGUUAGACAAAAAGUUAACCUCACCGAGUUUGUUCAGCUUCAUCCAUGUCGAAGAGCAAAACACCAUGAAUUUGCAGGCGAAGUGAACCCCAUGGCGAUUGAUUUACUUGAGAAACUACUAGUGUUUGACCCAAGCAGGAGGAUAACUGUAACAGAGGCUUUGGAACACCCAUAUUUAUCAACUUAUCACGAUCCACUAGACGAGCCAGUAACGCUGCCUGUGCGUUUAGAAGAUUUUGAUUUUGAUGUGGAAAAAAAGGAUUUGGAUUUGGAUGAUUUAAAGAGACAAAUAUAUAAUCAAAUCGUAGAAUCCAAAAGAAUUGAAACAAAUUAA